GAAAACUUCCCCUCGCUGGGCUACAGCAUCUACACGCUCUUCAAAGCAGUCACUGGGGGGGUCAGUUGGGGCGAGGUGUCGGACCCCCUGCAAGAUGUCAGCCUCGUGUUUCUGUUCUCAUUCCCUGUCUACAUUGUCGUAACAAUGUUCUGCGUUCUCAACAUCGCCAUACGAUGCUGGACACCUCCAAGUGGUGAUGGCGGGACGGCACCCCGUGCCGAGGCCAAGUUCAGCGACAUCGCCCCGUCGGCAGGGCAUCAAAUCUCUCUUGAUGAGUUCAUGAUUCUCAACUUCCAGUACCAGGACGUGCUGUGGAUCCACUGCUGGGUGGCGGUGGUGAAGGUCACCCAGGUGGCCGUGCAGGGCAAGGCGCUCUACGGGCUCGACCAGAUAAAAAACAUUACGGUUGCGAUGAGUGCACUGAGCGGGACAGUGCUGCCUGGGACAUCGCCAAAUACUAAGAAGGCGGGCCGCAAGCUCGAGCCGCCAACACUUCAGAAGAUACGUCAGCUUCUUGAUAAGUAUGACAAGGGGAACUACGCGUUGAAUGAGUAUCAAUCCCACGCCCAAGCAGGGACCGAGGCCAAUACCUAG